UGUGUUCAACACAAGUGAGAUAUCGUGUUAGAAUUAAGCGGUGUAUGGCAGAAUGACAGAUAACCUCAUUUUAUGAUCUGAGAGUCGACCCGCGGUUGAAUGGAUAGUGGCAGGAGAGGGAGAGGAAGAGGAGGAAGAGGAAGGCGAGUAAAUCGUGGAGGGGAGGACAGAGAUGUCCGCCUGUCUAAAUCCAUGUCUUACGCUCUACGCCAUGGAGCCAACCAGAUGGGUCUUCACAUGGGUUCAGAUGGCUUCCUGUUUGUGGAGGACCUCCUAUCCCACCCACAGUUCCACUCAUACUCACUGGAAGAUGUGGAAAGAGUUGUGGCCACAAACGACAAGCAGCGUUUUAAGCUUCGCCCCCAUCCAGAGGAUGGACGGCUGCAGAUUCAAGCUUGUCAGGGACAUUCGAUACAGGUAAAAGAUUUAGAACUGAAACCGGUCCUGGCUGGUUCUCCAGACUGUCCCUCUGAAGCUAUCCAUGGCUCCUACCUCCGUAACUGGAGCUCCAUUCAGCAGCAGGGCCUGAGCCGCAUGAAGAGGACACACAUCCACCUGGCACCUGGCCUGCCAGGGGAGGAUGGAGUUGUCAGUGGCAUGCGGAAGGACUGUGAUCUGGCUGUUUACAUUGAUGUCCCUAAAGCUCUUGCUGAUGGUAUUGAGUUCUUCUGGUCUGAAAAUGGUGUGUUGCUGACUGCAGGCGACUCAGAGGGAAAACUUCUCCCUAAAUACUUCAGCAGAGCCUUAAGACUAAAACCUACAAGAAGCAUCCUGCCACUGCAAUAAUGGACAGGGAUACUGCUGUGUAAUCUGACUGGCCCAGCAUCCAGUGGUUGGUUAAUGUUUAUCUUAGUUACCAUGGUAACACUUGACAAUCCAAGUGAGGUGAUUUUGACCGGCAUAAAAAAAAUCCGAACACAUAUUACACCAAGCAGAGCUUAGAUGCUUUGUUUGUUUAUGAAAGUUUAAAGCUCCUGUGAGGAACUGUUGGUGUUUGUUGAUUUUGGCGCCCCCUAUGGACAAAGAUGCCCCUCCAAUCUCCAUGCUCCUCCUGUCAAUAGUAUUUCUAACUACAAUUCUUAUCCUGCUUUCUUUAAAGGUCACCUGUUAUGCAAAAUACACUUUUUCAGGCUUUUAUAACAAAAAUAUGUGCCCCUGGCCUGUCCACAAUCCCCCCCCAAAAAUAAGAAAAUGCCCAUCCCCCCUCUCUUUCUCCACCUUUCAGAAAAUAUGUGUUGAAUCAAGCCAUUCUCAGAUUUUCCCCUCAUGAUGUCAUGUUGAGAGUUAGCUUUGCCCCCAGCUUUGGUUGGCCGUCCCCACUUGGAUGAAACUUUUUUGAUGUAAUGGGUAACACAAUGUGUUAG